CAGAGUCAUCACACCAGCUCACCAGUUUUCUUUAUCUAGCAAUUCUCUUUAAUCUUUUAUUACUUGAAACUCUUAAAUUUGUCAUCAGAAGCAAUGGCUACUCGUUUUCUUGCUAAGCAAAUUUUGCGCCGUUCUGUUUUUGCUGCAAGUAAAGCAGCAUCAACAACUGGAGAAGUAGUACCAAAAGGCUUCCUUGCAGUUUAUGUUGGAGAGACUCAAAAGAAGAGAUUUGUGGUUCCAGUAACUUUCUUGAACCAACCUUCAUUUCAAGCUUUGCUGAGUAAAUCUGAAGAAGAGUUUGGCUUUGAUCAUCCUAUGGGUGGUUUGACAAUUCCAUGCAGAGAAGAGACUUUCAUUAACGUCACUUCCCAGUUGAACGGGUAAGAAUAGGCAAGACAGUCCAUUGAAGAUUGCCUAUAAUGGAAGAUGGAUGACUCAUCGCUUGUGCCCGGAACCCAAUUGCGCUCUAUUUUCAACGGUGGAACAUCUGCAAAAGGUCAUUCAUUUUUCAAGUACCAUGGGGUGAUUUAAAGGGGAGAUUUAUCGUUUACGCUGGACAAAGCCAAAAGAGACGCUUCCAAGUCCCAAUUCCAUGGUUGAGCACUUGAAAAAUUCGGAUCAAAAUAGGCCUGGCAAUGCCUCAUGAGAGACAAGAGCCAGGGAAGGUGAAAACAACUGGACAUAAUCUAUUCAAAUUAGCCAUGAACCAAGAAUCAUAUUGUAAUUUUGUAUUUUUCUGAAAUGAGAACAAGAAAAUUUUAUUCUAUUCA